AUGUCAUCGAUGGCGGCCGUUUCAGCUGGCAAGCAGCUUCUCCAACAGGACAUCAACGCGCUUCCAGACGGGGGAAAAGGGUUUCCGACCUGGGUCCGGAUUCGGGGCUUUCGGAUCGGUGCCGUGAGACCGCCCUGCCAGACCUUCGGCUCCUCUCUCCAAUACGGUUAUAACCUCUGGGUGGUGAAUCAUCCCUUUGCGCUGAUCCAAGACUUCUUCAACGCCACUUCCAGGGCCAAGAGGAGGGAGAACAUCCAGGCCAACUUCCUGAAUUUUCUGUUCACCUUGACUGCAACCAUCUAUUCUCUGGGCGGCCUCAUCGGGUCUCUCAUGGUUUGCCCGAUGGCCGAUACCUGUGGCAGGAAAGGUGCCUUGAUGAUAACCAACCUUCUAGCUGUCAUCUCUGCCAUCCUGAUGGGCUUUUCGACCAUAGUCCAGGCCUACGAAUACACCGUCUUCUCCCGGCUGAUCAGUGGGGUGUGCUCAGGCAUCUUCUCCUGUGCCGUACCAAUGUACCUGGCUGAAAUUGCUCCCCGAAAUUUGAGAGGGGCCACCAUGACGAUGGCUAUGAUAGCCGUCGCUGUCGGAGUCCUGGUCUCCCAGAUCCUUAGUCUUCGGGAGAUCCUAGGCUCCAAAAGAGGUUGGCCCAUCUUGCUGAGCUUCACGGGGAUCCUCGCGGCGUUCCAGCUCCUUGUGUUGCCCAGGUUCCCCGAAAGUCCUCGAUUUCUGUUGAUUCAGAAGAAGAACGAGGAGAAGGCAAGGCAAGUCUUGAGGAUCCUGCGAGACAGGGAAGACGUGGAGGAGGAAAUAGACGAGCUCCACCAGGAAGAUAUAUCCGAACUGGGGGAAAAGGAGAUGAAUGGGCUGAAGCUGCUCACCUAUGAAGGUCUACGGUGGCAGAUGAUCUCCGUCAUCAUCCUGAUGGGCGGUCAGCAGUUCACAGGGGUCAACGCUGUGUAUUAUUACGCGGAGAAGAUUUACAAAAAAACGUGGCUGAACAAGAACGAAGCUCGGUAUAUCAGCAUCCUGUCUUCUGUGUUUGUCAUCUUCACCUUAUUAGUUGUGACCUACACCAUCGACACCGUGGGGCGAAGGAUCUUAAUUCUCGUGGGCUUCAGCAUCUGCAGCACUCUGUGUGUCUUGUUAACCAUAACUCUCGAACUUCAGGCCACAACCUCCUGGAUGCCUUACGUCACAUCCUCUUUUCUCUUCCUCUUCCUCAUCGGUCACCUGUUGGGGCCAGGUCCGUUACCAAACGUGAUCAUUGCAGAGCUGUUCCUCCAGUCUUCCCGAUCCACGGGGGUCGUGCUGGGUGGUUUUAUUCACUGGUUUCUCAAUUUUUUUACUGGGGUAGUGGUCCUUCACAUAGAGGCGAAGAUCGGCUCGUACUGCUUUCUCCUCUUCUGGCCUUUCUGCAUAGCCAGCUUUGUUUUCAUCUUCAGGACUAUCCCUGAGACCAAAAACAAGACCUUUUUGGAGAUCCGGAGGCUUAUGGCCGUGCAGGUGGCCAAAAAGGUUCACGUCCAGGUGCCUGAUGACCGACUGGGACCACGGAGCCGGUUGAUGCGUCUGAACAGGAAGAGGCGCCGAAAACACAGGACCAUCCAGCCAGCUUCCUUCGUCCCGUCCGUGCCCUCGAUUUGA